AUGCUCCUCGCAGACUACGGUUCCGACUCUGAUGAUUCCGGCCCGUCCUCACCGCCUGCGCGCGCCCCGGCUCCGGCCCCGACGCCGGUGGUGAAGAAGAAGAAGAAGCCCGUCAGGAUCGCGCUCGACCUUCCUCCCAAAGAGACGAGGAAGAGCAAGAGCAAGUCGCCAGAAGCCGACGCCGACGACCAUAGGUCACCUCCCCCUGCCAAGAGAAAGCUCGGGGGUGCAGGGAGCUCUGCCUUGCUCGGUAUGCUGCCACCGCCGAAGCGGAAACUACCGUCGACGGGGAUCAGAGCAAAGUCGGGAUCCUCGUCGACAUCCAGGCCAGGUGCAUCAUUGGGUCUGGGGUUAGGAUCAGCGCGCGCGCCAGCAGACGACGACGACGCGCCAGCACUCGUACCCAAGGUUGUGAAGCGCAAGGCAGAUGAGAACCUCGACCUAUUCGGACUAUCCGAGGCCGUGGCGAAGCCAUCAUCAUCACUCCCAAAAGCGCCACCCAAGCCAACAAACAUCUCCUCUGCCCCCGCCGUGUCCGAGUUCGUCCCGCCUGCGCCGACACCCGACGACCCAUACCCAGGAUACUACCAGCUCCCAUCUGGUUCAUGGGCGGCCCACGACCGGGCAUACUACGCCAAGGCCGUCGCAUCCUUCCCGACGUCAGAGUUGGAAGCCGAGGACAGCCGCAAAGCCUCACGCAUGGGCCGAGACUGGGCGGCAUUGGACGACGGGCGCGCAGACGUGCUCGAGAUCAAUGCGAACGCAGGGCUGGCUGAAGGACGUGCUGAAGCUGAGCGCCGCCAGCGCCUGGCCCGGCCCAAGACAGACGACUUUGAGUACUCGCCGGUCGGGCAGACCAAGGGCCUCGCACAGGAGCGACACCAGCUCUCGUCGCUCCUGUCGAGCGCGUACGCGCAGCGCGACGAACUCGAGGCGCGGAUCCAGGAAAACAAGAAGAACAUGCGCAACGCGCAGAUGAAGUAUGGCUUCUGA